CAUUUCAAGUUCCCUCUCGAUAUUUUGCGGAAGGUAGAAAGUUAUCUCUAGUUUUAUUCUAUAUUUUGAUUAUUUUAUUUGAAAAUGUUCUAAAUCGUAAGGGCGGAAUUUAAACAUAAUUUUCUUUUGUAAAAUAAUUUAACACGUUUCUAAAAUAAUUGAAAUUUUUAUAAUUAUUAAUAUAAGGACUGUGUCAACUGUGAUAAAAAGUAUUUCAGAAUUGCCAUUCUGUCAACUUUUUGAAUAAAAACGUCCUAUAAAAAAAUAAUAAAUUGUCAGCAAAUUUUGUACUAUCUACUAUCCAAUAAAUUAAUAUGAGUACUCCACAAGCUUAUAAGCCGUCCGAAGGAAAAAGGGAAGAAUUCCGCAAAUAUUUAGAAAAAGCUGGGAUAAUGGAUGCCUUAACUAAAGUUUUAGUAAAUCUAUAUGAAGAAGUAGAUAAACCAGAAGAUGCUUUAUCAUACAUAAUUGAUAAACUAUCCCUACAAGCUGGCCUUGAAACACACAAAACUCUUACCGUAAAACUAGAGGAGGUGACUACCCGUUGUAAGGAGCUAGAAGAAGAGUUAGAGAGUUUGAGGAAAGUUGAAGACGAGUCAGAAGCUCCUCCCACGACUGACGAACCCGAAGUUUUACCUACUGAAGACGCAGAACAGCCUCCAGCUGUUGAAGAACCUGCACCUGCCGCUGCAGAACCUCCUCAAUAGUCGCUUAGUAUUUCAUUGCAGCUUAAACUAUCGGUCGUAUUACUUAAUUUUUGGUUUUGUGUACUUAAAUAUCAUUGUUAUCGCUGUUAUUUUGUUUAGAAUAGUUGUUUAAUAUACAUAAUAUGUACUUUACAUAAGAAGUUUUUAGAAUACAAUCUAAAUUGCUUCAGUUUUACAGAAGUUAUUCUUAAAAGUUGUAAGUAGUGGCAAAUAUGAAGUUGUUUUCAUACUAAAUUUAACAGUAAUAGAAAAAAAAAAUAGGAAUAACAUUUGACUUAUCAUCAUCAUGGCAUCUACACUGUGUGUAGAUUGCCUCCCUCUUUUGGCUCUUCCGAUUCAUUUGUCACGGUGAAUCAGUCCGGAUUAACAUUUUGGUUUUACAAUUGGCUGUGUGUCGUGGCGUAUUUUUUAAUAAUUCUCCAUUCUUUCCUGUUUUUGGCUUAUGGUUGUAUAUUCUCUAACUCCCAUCUUCUUAAGGUCCUCGACUAUUUGGUUCUCCCAUCUGGUUUUUGGUCUUCCUCGUGGUCUGCCUGAUACAGGUCUCCAUUUGGAAAUUUUCUUGAUAACAGCCUCUGGAUUUCUCCUUUCUAUAUGUCCCAUCCAUCUGAGUCUCUGUGCCUUGAUAAAUCUGACAAUGUCUUCUCCUUUCAAAAGUGCUCUUACUUCGUGGUUCAUGAGUUUUCUAAAUUUAAAAUAUAAAGGAAAAGAUUCCUCUCAUUGGCUGUAUACCAUAAUAAAAAACUUACUAAGGAAGUAAAACUUCACUUGUAGGUAGAUGGUAUAUAAAUUUAUUAAAAUUUUUAUCUAAAAUGAUCCAAAUUGGAUUGAAGUGGGUACAUCUAUAGUACAAAAAACACAAACGUUUUCGGACCAAUCAGUCCAUCAUCAGGUAGAAACUUAGAUCCAAAGUAGUUGGAACUAGCUACAUAGUUAGGUCAAAAGACCUUAACAUUACAAUAAUUAGGCCAUUUCGGCUACAACAAUGUCAUUGACAUAGAUAAUAGACAUUGUUGUAGCCGAAAUGGCCUAAUUAUUGUAAUGUUAAGGUCUUUUGACCUGACUAUGUAGCUAGUUCCAACUACUUUGGAUCUAAAGUUUCUACCUGAUGAUGGACUGAUUGGUCCGAAAACGUUUGUGUUUUUUGUACUAUAGAUGUACCCACUUCAAUCCAAUUUGAAUCAUUUCAGAUAAAAAUUUUAAUAAAUUUAUAUACCAUCUACCUACAAGUUUUACUUCCUUGGUAAGUUUUCUAAAUUUAUUAUUACCUAAGUUUAGUGGGCCUGCUAUCCUCCAAAUUAUCUUCCUCUCUAGAAUCCUCAAUCUUUCUUCCUCUUUCUGUGUCGGGACACAUUACUUCAGCACCAUAUGUGCAGCACAUUUGACUUAUAGCGAAAUAUUAAUUCAUACUCGACAGUUUUUCACUCUUCUUAAAGUGGAACAUUAUCUAUAUCAAAAAGUAUCAAACCUUCUUUCAUUUCAGUUUUGGAAACGUCUAAAAGUCGGGACUGUACUGAAACUUGCACAUUGUGUAACCAUGUCUUUUUCUAAAAAUUGUUGAGUAAUAGGUAUUCUAUGAAUGUGCUGACCCAUUAUCGUGAGCAUCAGUGCGUUAUCUUUUUUAGAGUGGACGGCCGUAGCUCAGGGGCAAGAUACUGACCUUCUAAGCCAAAUCAUAUGAGUUCGAAUCCUGGUGCUAACAACAUUUUCAUUUAUAUCCACCAACAAGAAAGAAUUUCCUCUGGCUGGCCAUAUUACAUUAAUUACAAGUAAAUUUAAUGAAACAUUUUUCUUGAUAACAAUUAAAUUUAUUUAAAAACCCUUAAAAGGGCCACAAAUAUCACAACAAAACGUUUUCGCUCUGUAAAAAGAGCAUCAUCAGGUUUACAAACCUAACAUGCUAAGCCAUCCAAAAAUACAAAGGUUAAAACUUAUUUUUGGUGGCUUAGCAUGUUAGGCUUAUAACACUGAUGAUGAUCUUUUUACAGAGCGAAAACGUUUUGUUGUGAUAUUUGUGGCCCUUUUAAGUGUUUUUAAAUAAAUAUACCUUUUAUCAAGAAACAUUUUUCAUUAAAAUUAUUUUCAUUUCUAAAAAUGAUGUGAGCUGUUCACCGUGCUUCAAGACUUGUAUGAUCUGACAACAUAGUAUUAUGUCAUACAUGUUUUAAAAUGUUUAGUGAGGACAGCAGAAAAAACUGAGUAAUUAUCAAAAUUUAUUGACAAAAGUUUGCCGUUUCAGUGUUAUACUUAUUCUUAGCUACAAUUUUGCUGCCAUUCGUAAUAAAAAUUAUAGUCUAGUCAGUGAAGGUAAAAUACAGCAUAAUACAAAUACAAUUUGGCUGAAGGUUCGACAUCCCCCAGGGUAAAAGCACCUUACGGCACUGGGUCAACUUGUCAACCAUGAAGUUGAGAGUAAGUAGAACUUAAUUUUGGUGUAAAUCUGUACAGCCUCAGAAAAUUAUGCGGGAAAAUACUCAUUGACUGGACUAUUAAGGCUGUCACAAAAAUGACUCGGUUUGGUUUUCGUAUUACAGCAAAUUGCUUGUUUUCUAGUGUAAUUUGAAUUAUCAAACUUGAAUAAUUAACCUGUUAUCUUGACGUUGUUUUAUGGUUGUUGAUACAUUUCAAUUACCUUUGGCAUUCAUUUAUAAUACAAAUGUCAGUAUUAAUAUAAUUAGAAGCAUUCAGUAUUACUAUAAUAACGGAUAUUUUUUCCUUUGGAACGAUCGCAUCUUUUUUUUAAUAUCCAGCGGAUAGGAAGUUUUGGUAUCAAAGGCCUCUUAUCUUUCUUCGGCAGUACUUCAUCCCUUAGUGCACCAUAAUAAAUCCUCAGCGGAGUAAGAAAUAUUAUGUUCUCUAGAUUCUAGAUAGUAUGUUACUUGACUUGUCUGUAAAAAUGUCCGAGUUCUUUUGAAAGGUAGGUUCCUCAAGAGCAGUGACUAAUAUUGGUGUAGCUAAUACGUUAUUAAGUCUCAAUGUAUUGUUAGCUUUGAGCCUCAAGAUAGCAUUUUGAUUACGGUGUCAAAUCAAAAGUCACAUGGGACGUCACGAUGAGUUAUGGAGACUUUGGUAUCUAGGAAUCUGGAACACUGGCAAAAUCUAUAAUGCUGCAUUUACAUAUAAGUAGAUUAAUUGAAUGCCAGUAUUGCCAUUUAUCAUUUACGAAUCGAAUUUGUUUGUAGUGAGGUAUUUUUAAUCCUGUAUUUAUAUACAGAAAAAAUUAACAGUCAUAGUUAGACUAUAAUUUAAUACCUAACAUUAUACAGCAGGAAAAAUGAAAGAAUACCCAUUAACGAACAAAUAAAAUACGCUGUAUUUUCCUGUCGCUGAGUCACACAAAAAAUUGGCCAGCGCAAGUACAUGUAAUAAUUAUUAUUGUUACAUGUACUUGCACUGGACAAUUUUCUUUGUGACGCGGUGACAGGAAAAUACAGCGUAUUUUAUAUGUUCGUUCAUGGAUAUUCUUUCAUUUUUCCGAGUGUAAUAAAUGUUCUAAUAGUCAACUACUAAAAUUCGCAUUUACAACUUUUAAGAAUAUAUUAGGCUUCUGUUUAUCCAAAAAGGAUUUUUAAAUGAUAUUUAAAUACACAAAAUAUUUUUCCAAUAUACACUAAGUUCCUUUUUUAUAUGAGAAGUGAAGUUUUGUUUGUAUAAUAAAGUUUAUAUUUAGUUAAAACGUUAUUUGACUGUUUCAUUAUGUAGAUUUUUAUGAAAAUGACCUCAUAACCUUAUAAACAACUGUUAAAAGGUUCGUUUGGUAAAUCAUUGUUACAGAAGAUACUUUUUGCACAGUAGAGCUUUACAAGUACACUGGUAAUUCAUCGUUCAUUAAUUUAAUACUUAUAUCAGAUAGGGGUAAUAGGCUCUUCAAUAAGUUUUUAUAAGAUCAAUAAGAAAAACACAAUUUUGUGAAGUGAAAUACACUUGUUCCACUAGAUUGCAAUUGAUGUAUUCCAUCCCUGAAGUGAGAAUCAAGAAGGACUACAAAAUACGCUUUUACAGCUUUUUUGACCUCAUUAUUUGAUGAUCACUAGGGGCCAAGUCUGGUGAAUACGGUGGAUGCUCCAACAAUUCGAACUUUAAUUCAUGGAUUUUAGUCAUGGUGCAUUGCCUGAUGAAAAAUGAUUUUUUCUUCUGUAGACCGAGUCUUUUCUCUUCGGUUGGUCUAAAAGAUUACAAUAAUAUUCGGAAUUUAUUGUUUUAUCAGAUUGUAAGUAAUCCAUAAACAAAAUUCUUUUCGCAAGUAGAUAAGGUUAUGGGGAUUUUCGCUUUGAAUUGCCAUGUAUAUUUUUACCUUAACUAAAAAUUAUUCCAUAUUUAUAUUUGACACUAUUAAAUUAUCUAAACAGUU